GUGUGUUUGGUGCUGAUGAAUAUGAAGUGAAGUCAAUGUCAGUGAUGGAGGGAGAUUCUGUCACUUUGAACCCUGAUCCUGCUCAAAUACAGGGAUUUAUUCUGAUACUGUGGAGGUUUGGAGAUCCAGUCAUUGCUCAGAUCAAUGGAAUUGAGGCGUCCUAUCCCAGACACACUGAAAUAUUCAUAGGCAGACUGCAGCUGGAUCAGACUGGAUUGCUCAAAAUCAACAACAUGAGAAUUAAACACUCUGGACUUUAUAAAAUAGAGGUCAUUCAAAGAACUGGGACUUCAAAUAUGAAAUUCACAGUUACUGUUUAUGAGUCACCAUCUGCUGUUGAUGCUGGUGUAACUGAAAUGAAGCUCAUGUCAGUGAAAGAAGGAGAUCCUGUCAUUCUUCAGGCUGGCGUUCCUCAACUAACCGGAGAUGAGCUGAUAGUGUGGAAGAUUCAGAGACAGACUGAAGCUGGAUCAGACUCUGGACACUAUAAAGUGAAAAUCAGCAGCAACAAACAGACCAUAUACCAGAAAUACAUUGUUACUGUCAGUGAACCAGGUCUGUCUCCAGCAGCUGUAGCUGUGAUUGUUGUUGUAGGGAUUGCUGUUGUUGUUCUCCUGGCGGCUGCAGCAGCUGCUGGUUUGAUUUACCAUCGCCAAACGAUCGCAGAACUACCGGAGACAGUGUCAGGAGUGGAGGGAGAAGAUGUCGAAUUAAAAACUGGUGUUACUAAAUUACACACAAGUGAUCUGAUAGAGUGGAAGGGUGGAAAUAAAGACAAUCUCAUAGCUCAAAUCAAAGAAGGGACUAUCACUUCAUAUGAGGAUGUUUUUUAUGGGGUAUUCAGAGACAGACUAAAGCUGGACAUGAAGACUGGAUCUCUGACAAUCAAAAACCCCAGAAUUGAACACACUGGACCCUAUAAGUUUCUGAUCAACGAGAAAUGCAAGAAGAGAUUUAUUGUUUAUAUCAAAGAGACUAAAACUGAAAUACAGACCGGUGAUGAGAUACGGUGGAUGUUUGGAGAUAAAGAUGCUCUCAUAGCUGAAAUCAAAGGAGAGACCAGAGAGGUGACUACAUAUUAUGGUCCUGAUGGGAGAUUCAGAGACAGACUGGAGCUGGACAUGGCGAAUGGAUCGCUGACUAGGGAAUCCAAAGAGAGUGAGUGA